GUGUUCUGUCUGAAGCACAGAACUUAUAGAUCUCACGCCUGCUCAAAAGCUGAUCACAACAGCAAAACUGUCGCCGUCUGUGAAUUAUGUUCGGCCUCCAUAGAAAAGCAGGCUGAUGAGGAAGACGAAGACAGCCUCUCUCACCACAGAAAAUCCGGAACUUGCGACCCAUCAAAAAAGAUCAAGCCUCGUUGCCCUGUGCUGAGGUGCAAGGAGAUCCUCACAUUUUCCAAUAGCAGCACAUGCAAGAUUUGUAAUCUGAAGGUCUGUCUCAGGCAUCGCUUCCCGUCUGAUCAUUUAUGUAGGGUUGCAGAUUUGAACAUAAAGUUUUCUCAUUCCAUCAAAGUAUUCUGA